CUUUUCCGCCUUUUAAAGUCCCUUUCUUUUCCUCAUUCAAAUAAAUAAAUCCAUAAACCCCUCACUUGAGAUCUGAAAUUCCUCUUUACAGAUUUCUUAUCCUCAUUAUUAUUACAUUAUCUGCUUCUGAUUAUUCAAGAUUCAAGAUUAUUGCUUACUUACUAGCUACAUUCGUACGUAUACUACGCCCAAAAUGGCAAAGAUCAACGCUUUCCGGCGGCUGUUCCUCCCCUGCUUCACUCCGGCCACCGGGAACCACACGCUUCCGAUCGCGGCGGUCUCCGGCGCCACCAAGAAGAGGCUGAGCACCUCCCUCCGCGAUAACAUUGACGACCCAAAGGAGAAAUCAGGGAAUAAUGACGAUAACGCGCAAGAAGAGUACUCUGACCCGAACAGCCCCACCUGCACCGCCGCGUCCGCCGCCGUCCUGCCGCGGUCAUCCAAGACUAUGGUCGUCGGGACCAUAUUCGGCCACCGCCGCGGCGGCCACGUCUGGUUCUGCGUCCAGCACGACCGGCUCAAUACGCGGCCGUCUCUGCUUCUUGAGCUCUCGAUAGCCGCCACGACGUUGACCCAAGAAAUGGGCGGCGGGCUUGUCCGGAUCGCGCUCGAGUUCAAGAAUGACUCGCCGGAGUCGGAGCUCAGCCACUGCCCGCUCCACUCCAUCCCGCUCUGGACCCUGUUCUGUAACGGGCGGAAACUCGGGUUCGCGGUCCGGAGGAAACCCACGCAGCAGACCCGGCUCAUGCUCAAGACAAUGCAGUCAAUCUCGGUCGGGGCGGGCGUGAUUCCCUCGGGAUUCGGAUCGGGCGAUGGACCGGAAGACCUCAUGUACAUGCGGGCCAAUUACGAGUGCAUAAUCGGGGGCGCGGAUUCGGAGUCGUUUCAUUUGAUCAACCCGGAUGAAGGUCCGGGUCAAGAAUUUAGCAUCUACUUGCUCCGGUCACGGUAAUGGAUAUGGGAACCGUGCUCCGACCCGAAGAAAACAAAACCCGUUGGGUUUUUCUGGUUCUUGAAUUUUCUUUAGUCAGCAGAAGGAAGAAGAAAGGUGAUGGAAAACUAACUGGCGGAGAUUUUUUUUCUUGAAUUUUGAAUUCUAUUGCUUUUCCUUCAAAAAAAAUCAUAGCUUUUCAGUUUUCCUAUCUUUUCGGGUCGUCGUACGUCAUGGGUUUUUGUGAAGGAAUUUGUAGGACAAAGGCUGAAUUUCUGAUUUAAUUAUUAGGCUUAUCCCUGACCGUGACCUUCAAUUCAUUCUUUAUCCCCAACCCAAAAAAAAACUCUUGUUAGUGAAUUUUAU